UUGACUUGUUUGGGCUGACGUGGCGAGUUUGCAAUAUGGCCCCUGAGUAAUGCAAGAUCCGCAUUCCUCAUUUCUUUAUUUACUUUAUUCUAUUUUUAUACCAAAACUUCACGAAGAAAGACAUGGGGUUGACGCAGAGCACAGACGUACCCGAAGGAGGGACAGAUGGAUACCACGUACACGGGGUUCAAGAAGGUUCCCCGGCUGAGAGGGCAGGAUUGGAGCCAUAUUUUGAUUUUGUCAUUGCUGUGGGGCAUACAAGACUGAACAAAGAGAAUGACACGUUGAAAGACUUGCUGAAGGCGAAUGUGGAGAAGCCUGUGAAGCUGGAGGUGUACAGUAUUAAAGCGAUGAGGGUGCGAGAGCUGGAGGUCGUGCCCAGUAACAUGUGGGGAGGCCAGGGGCUGCUGGGGGCCAGUGUCAGAUUCUGCAGUUUCCAAGGAGCCAGCGAACACGUCUGGCAUGUGCUGGAUGUCGAGCCCAAUUCUCCAGCAUCUCUAGCUGGUCUCCGUGCACAUACAGACUACAUAGUCGGAGCUGACCAGGUGAUUCAAGAUUCUGAGGAUUUCUUCUCCCUGGUGGAGUCCCAUGAGGGGAAGCCCUUGAAGCUGCUGGUCUACAACACUGAGACUGACCGGUGUCGAGAGGUUGUGGUUACACCCAAUGGAGCGUGGGGAGGCGAAGGAAGUUUAGGGUGUGGUAUUGGCUACGGAUACCUGCACCGAAUCCCAUCUCUUCCUGCAACACCAAAGACAGUCGAGGUCAAACCACCCUCCUCAGUGCCUGAAGAGAGUACCUCAGUGCCUGAAGAGGGUACCCUAGCCACAGUGCCAAGUAAUGGCUACACUGAGGUUGCCCUGCUUGCCCCUUCGGUACAGUCAGAAACCUUGGAGGAAGCAAUGACCCUGAAGCAGGAUAUACCAAGCCAGCCAACAGAGAUCUCUCCACUACCGCCCCCUAUUCAGAGGGUCAUGGAUCCAGGUUUCAUUGAGAUGUCUGAAGCCUCUCUUCCUGAGCUCUCAGACCUGAUGCUGAAUUUGUCUUCCUCCGCUGGUGACGUGGCAGUCAGUUCCUUGCUAGGAGAAGGGUCAGUGUUGAGUGAUGAGCUUAACCCCUCUAUUGACAGGAAAGAAGCCAGUGAAAGGGUGGGGGGAAAUGGCCCCCUCCAGGUGAACUGCCACAGAAAUUACAAGACAGAUGAGUCUGAAAGGUCUGCGCCAGAGCCUCUGCCUUCCUCAGUUGAACUGCCGCUCAAAGCCUCUGUGGUAGAGUCUGCAUUGGAGCAUGUUCUGGAGUCAACUGUCCCACAACUGAGCAGCCCUUCCACGAGGGACAGCCAGAGCCUGGUUCACACUGACAUGCCGAUACAGAAAGAGCAGAGUGGGGAGGACCUUUCCCAGCAGAUUAGUGCAGAAGAGAGCAUGCAGCAAUAGGAGGUGUCUUAUAAUGAAAGCGUUGGCUUCCUUUGUUGAACUCAAAGCAUUGGGUGAAGGUUCAACACCCUGUCCCUUUUAAAGCCUGUGGGUGUGUUAAUUAACUGAGCGGCUCGGAGUGAGAAUUUCUCUCCUCACUGAUGAAACCUGCUGUAGCACUGAGCUUCUCGGGGGAGCUGAGCUUGCUGUUCAGUGGGUUCUUUCACAGGGCUGCUCGGAGCGGCUCCCUUACUUAACGCACCCAGCGUUUCAACAAUAUCAAUAGGUGAUACUGCAGUCAUUAUUUUGUUUUUAGGAUCAUAAGAGAAGGUUUUCAGAAUUCCACAGACAGGCAGUGGGACAAACUGGUUCCGUUUCUAUGCAGGUCGGAACGGUUUAUAUUUAAUUUACAAGAGAUGUGGAACAAUGUGGAAUUUAAGGUUUGUUUUAUUUUUGAUAAAUUAGAUUUCCAUAUUCUAAAUUUAAUCAAGUUUGCUUAAUUGUAUUGCCCAACACGUUUUUGUUGUGCAGGCAUUAUCGGAUGGUGGGUCAGUGUUGAUUUUCCCUGGGAUUUUAAGGUUUCAGUGAAAGUUCAUUGCUUAUUAAGCCAAAGUCCUGAACUCUAUAUGGUAAUAUUGACGUGUGUACAGCUAUAGAUCUUGUUACGAUCUAAGCAAGUAUAUUAAAUUCUAAAAUCAAAAUAGUAUGUUUGUUUUAUAUAGUGUUGUUUUUUAUGGCUGUAUCGCAUUACAAAAUGUGUCAAUGUAAUUUUAAAUUGCAGACUAUUACGUAUAAAAUAAUGCAGAAUUUUUGGCAUUUCCACAUGUUUUAAUGGUCAUAAUUUAUAACUUAUCACACUAUUUUAAUAGAACUUUACUUUUUUGUUCUGUGUAAUAAUUGGUAAUAUUAUGCUUUAUAACUUGUUGUCUGGACUCCCCUCUUGAUGAGUUUUUAUAUUGUUUUACAGGGAGAAUAACUGCCCAGGUUUGGCUAACAUGAAUUUGGUACUACAUACCAUUGCAGUGAUUUGAAGCUACAGUUGCUUAGGUGAUGAAUGUGGGCAUCCUUGUCAGAAUGACCUUAUUAAAUUUUAGGUAAACUAAUUCACUUAAACAGCAAUAUUUUAAAUAAUUUAAAAUUGUAUGAAAUGUUUUGGCUCCAAACAAAAUUAAUAUAAGAAAUCUAUUUAAAUUCAGAAUGCAGCUACUGUAGGGCUUGUAUUUAUGCAACUCUUUUUUGAUAUUGGCCACUUUUUGCUGAAGGCCUGGUAUGGGAUAUAAGCCCACAGUCUUUGUCAAUGUUACUAGUUGCAGUUUGCACGGGAUAAGCAUUUCAGAACUAUGCAACCGUAUAUAAACUACCUUUUUACUUUAAUAUGAUUUGUAAAAAGGUUGUGUUUUUUUUGGUUCUUUACAAGUGAUCAAACUGCAUUGUUGAGACAUCGCUAUGAUUUCUUUGUUUUAUCCACAGUUGUUUGGCAAUACUGCAGGAAAACGCUACUAUUUUAAACAUGUUUUGUUUCUUGUCUGUAAUUAACAACACUUAAAGCACCUUUCUGUAUUUUGUGAGGGAUGGGGUUUUAUAAUUGUAGGCAAAAUAUGAAUUUCUUACUAACCUGGCUAUCGAAGCAUACAGUAGGUAUUGUGUAACACUGAAGGUAGAUUUUUAGUUCACAUUUAAUUUGGGGCUAUUGCAUCCUUGUAGCUGCUGGGCAAAGUUGAAAUAUUAAUGCACAAGGCCAUAAAUGCCAAUAAAAAUAUAUUAAACUGA